AUGAUCGCGCGGCUCGAGGCGCAGGCGCGAGACCCGGUCGAGGCCAUCCGCAUGCGGCUCAAGGACGCGAGCGAGCUCGUCAACACGCAGCAGCUCGCAGAGAUCAAGUACGACUACCUCCAGAAGGACGAGAGCACGAAAGGGCAGCUCGCGGGGUUCGUCCAAGCGCAGAUCGACGAGAUCGAGCGCGCGUCGCUGCUGCUCGACUGCGACGAGCCGCUCGAGGUCGUGACGUCGUCGCUCAAGGAGAUGGGCGCCAGCUGCCAGCGCAUGCGCAAGGAGCUCGGCGACGAAGGCGUCGCGUCCGAGGUCAGCAUCGCGCGGCGCAACCUCAAGGAGCUCCAGAGCCAGCUCCAGCUCUACGAAGAGCUGCCACGCAAGCUCGACGAGCUCCAGUACACGGUGCAGACGAACCUCGGCGAGCUCCUACCGGUGUUUUCCAAGUGGUAUGCAUGCGACGAGUGGCGCCAAAAGAUGCUUCACCAGCUGCAUGCGUCCCAGCACGACAACCAAGACGACAUGUUCUCUAGCAAGCACGUGCCCAAGGCGCUGGCGGCGAUCCAAUCGCGCAUCGAUGGCGUCGAAAAAUUGGGUCAAACGAUCUUGAAUGGCGCGUGGACCAUCGUCAUCAACUGCAUUGAAAUGGUCCAAUUCGACAAGAAGCGACUCGUGGAUGCGUUUCAGCUGUUGGACGUGCUCGAAAAACGCCGACGCAAGCGCGUCGACGCUGGCAAAGUCUACUUGACGAAUACACUUUCGGCCGUCCCCGAAGAAGCCAUGCCGUCGUUCUAUGCCCUCUGUCGCGACCAGCUCGAGACGUCGCUCAAGACCCGCGUGUUUGACAUGUUUGCUGCGAUCGCCAAGGACGACAAGCCCUUCAACGAGGCGUUCAACGGGAUGCUCCAAGCGGCCUCGAGCCUCGUGCUCGAUUUGGAGAGCGUCGACCGCGACGUCGCCGGUUGCUUUCCGCCGCAGCUUGAUGCUGUUCAGGUGUUUGCUGACGGCUACAACGCCGCGCUGGAAGAGCACUUGACCAAGAUUUGCUCGAAAACCGAUCUCGGCGUCGGCCAAAAGCUCCAGCUCAUUCAAUGGGUCGACUACUUCAACACGGAAGUCGGCAAGUACAAGCAAGCGACGCCGUCGCAGAUCCUCGACAACACGGCGAGUCUCAUGAUGAAGUUGUACCUCGAAGGCAUCCAUGACCAAGUGUCAACGUGGGUCACCAACAUUUACAACCGCGACGAGGAGACGAUCGUGGGUCCUGCCGGCGAACUGCACUCGACGCGGCCCAACGACAUUAUAAACAUUCUCAGCUCCCAAGUCUCGAUCGCUCAAGAGUGGCUCGGCGGGCACCUCUUGGCCAAAGUUGUCGGGACGUGUCUGUCGGCGCUCAUGCGGCAGCUCUCGGCGCGCAAGGACCAUUUCGCAGCGCAUCUCGCAACCACGGACAUUGAAGCGCUCUGCUCGUUCAUCAACGAUACGGAUGUCCUCCAGUCCAAGUGCUUGGAAUUGGUCGAUGGCAUCGCGUUUCCAGGAGCCGCCGACCACGAGGAAGAAAAGCAAAAGCUCCAAUUAGGUCUCGGUGACCUCUUGGACGCCACGUCGGCCGAUAUUGUUCAGCUGGCGGUCGGUGUGUGCAGCUUGGUCGUCUCCAAGAUCUUUGCCGACCUCGAAGCCGAAACCACCGCGCACUGGCUCGGGAAAAAGUGGGACGACGACGAGCCCGUGGUGGCCAACUUGCUGGCGACCAUUGAAGAUUAUGGCACGGACAUUCGUCAGUGGAUUAGCAGUUCGUUCUUCAAUGCCCGCGUUCUGCGUCUGGCGUUGGACCGGUGUGUGGACGAAUAUUCCAAGCGCUUCAUUGCGCGCACGGCGCCGUUCAACUGCGAUGUCGCGGCGGGUCGUGUGCACACCGAUACCACGGUACUCUCAUCGUUUGAAUCUGCGAACGUUUUUUCAAAAUACGAGAGCGAGAUGCGUCGAAGCGGCCUCCGAUCGAACGACGACUGGGCCAAAUGUCUCGAGAGCAUGACCCUGCUCUACGACAUUUUGACAAAAAAAGCGACCCUCGACGAUUUGCAAGCGCAGCUCAAAGAGUUGGAGCUCCAAGGGAUCUUGGACGAAACCAGUGCAAAGCGGGUCGAGCGCAUGAAGCAGCUCAUCGCUUGCGUCAAGCGCACGGUCGUGCCUGCCCAUGAAGCCAAGAAAAAAGCCGGCAAAAAGGCAGAGAAGCCCAAAAAGACUUUUUUCAAAAAAGACAAGGGUGUCGCGGCGCCCGUGGCAGCCCCCGCAGACGACGCCGCGGACGCUGCAAGCGACUUUCAGGUCAAAACCGCCAGCCUCGAAUCGUUCUUGGGUCAAUAGCCGCGUACUUAUGCACGGAAUGCAUCUGCAUCUGGAUGGCUUGACACGGUAUAAUGUCGAUCGAUAAAUGUGGAAAGUAUUGUCUCGU